CGUUUCCACAUGUUUUCUCAAUUUCUCUCCUAUGUCAAGCCGCCAAACUAUAAAUUAAUCACGCCCCCCCCCCCCCCUACUCCUAGGAUUUUCGUCAUCUCUAUCCAAAAACCUUGCCCCUAAACUCUUUCAAACCAUUCGUACAUUAUAUUAAGAUCUCUCAACUUACUAAAGAGGUAAGCUUUUUCUAAACUCUUCAACCCAAUCACUCCAACUAAUACAACCCCCUCACAUAUUUUCAAUACCCUCUACUAAAAGAAACUAUUUAUUGGGUUUUCAGCUUCAACUGCUACUUUAAUCAAUGGAUGAUCUUGAAAAAGCAAUACUUAUAAGUUUUGAUGAAUCGGGCACUAUAGAUUCUGCUUUAAAAUCGCAAGCAGUUUCUUUCUGUCAGCAAAUUAAGGAAAACCAGACAAUAUGUAGGAUAUGUAUUGAGAAAUUGUGUUUUUGCAAUCUUAUUCAAGUUCAAUUUUGGUGUUUACAGACUUUACAUGAGGUUAUUAGGGUUAAGUACGCUCUGUUAAGUUUGGAAGAGAAGGAUUUUGUCAGGAAAUCAGUGUUUUCCAUGUGCUGUUUUGACUUGAUUGAUGAUACCAAUGCUAUUAGGGUUUUAGAGGGUCCUGCAUUUAUAAAGAACAAGCUUGCUCAGGUUUUGGUUACCUUGAUUUAUUUUGAGUACCCAGUAAUUUGGUCCUCAGUGUUUGUUGAUUUUUUGCUUCAUUUAAGUAAAGGGGCUAUAGUCAUUGAUAUGUUUUGUCGUGUUUUGAAUGCAUUGGAUGAUGAAUUAAUUAGUUUAGAUUACCCUCGGACCCCUGAGGAGUUAGGGGUGGCAGGGCAGGUUAAGGAUGCAAUGAGGCAGCAAUGUGUGGGUCAGAUAGUGAGAGCAUGGUUUGACAUUGUAUCUAUGUAUAGGAAUUCUGAUCCAGAAUUGUGUUCUAGCGUCUUAGAAUCUAUGCGCCGGUAUAUUUCAUGGAUUGAUAUUGGGUUGAUAGUGAAUGAUGUGUUUGUUCCAUUGUUAUUCGAGUUGAUACUGGUUGAUGGGGAAUUUGAGCAGCUUCAGGGUGCAGCUGCUGGGUGUGUUUUGGCAGUGGUUACUAAGCGGAUGGAUCCGCAGUCAAAGUUAACAAUAUUGCAGAGUCUUCAGAUUAGUAGGGUUUUUGCCUUGGUAACUGGGGAUAUUGACCCAGAGUUAGUGUCAAAAAUAGCUGCAUUAAUUACUGGGUAUGCUUUGGAGGUUUUGGAGUGCUAUAAACGAGUGACUACUGAAGAUGCUAAGGAGGUUUCAUUGGAGCUUUUGAAUGAGGUUUUGCCCUCAGUUUUUUAUGUAAUGCAGAACUGUGAGGUGGACGCACCGUUUAGUAUUGUACAAUUUCUUUCAGGUUAUGUUGCAACUAUGAAGAGCCUUUCUCCGUUGAGAGAGAAACAAGCACAUUAUGUAGGACAGAUAUUGGAAGUCAUUCGUGCACAAAUUCGAUAUGAUCCUAUUUACCGGGAUAAUCUUGAUUCAUUUGAUAAAAUUGGAAGAGAAGAGGAAGAUAGGAUGGUUGAAUAUAGGAAGGACUUAUUUCUGUUGCUGCGAAGUGUGGGUCGAGUGGCGCCUGAUAUUACUCAAAUAUUUAUUAGAAAUUCUUUGGCUAGUGCUGUUGCAUCUUCAUCAGAAAUAAAUGUUGAAGAGGUGGAAGCUGCGCUUUCUCUUUUGUUUGCACUUGGUGAAUCAUUAAGUGAUGAAGCCAUGAGAGCUGGAAGUGGACUGUUGGGUGAAUUAGUGCCCAUGCUCCUUUCUACAAGGUUUCCUUGCCAUUCUAAUAGGUUGGUUGCCCUCGUGUAUUUGGAAACAAUGACUAGAUAUGUGAAGUUUGUUCAGGAGAAUACACAAUAUAUCCCUUUGGCUCUGGCUGCCUUUCUGGAUGAGAGAGGAAUACACCAUCCAAACAUCCAUGUGAGUCGCAGAGCCAGUUAUUUGUUCAUGAGGGUUGUAAAAUUGUUGAAAGCAAAGCUUGUGCCUUUCAUAGAGAGAGUUUUGCAGAGCCUCCAAGAUACAGUUGCUCGAUUUACAAGCAUGGAUUAUACCUAUACGUCAAAUGAAUUUUCAGGUCCUGAAGAUGGUAGCUACAUUUUUGAGGCAAUUGGUUUGUUGAUUGGCAUGGAAGAUAUACCACUGCAAAAACAAGCUGAUUACCUUUCUUCACUGCUGACUCCCCUUUGCCACCAGGUUGAGAUUUUGCUCAUGAAUGCCAAAUUGCUAAAUUCAGAAGAGUCUCAAGCUAAAAUUGUAAAUGUUCAGCAAAUAAUUGCGGCAAUUAAUGCACUCAGCAAGGGGUUCAGUGAGCGUCUUGUAACUGCUAGUCGUCCUGCAAUAGGUCUCAUGUUUAAGCAGACAUUGGAUGUUCUUCUACAAAUUCUUGUUGUGUUUCCGAAGAUAGAGCCUCUCCGGAUUAAGGUCACAUCCUUUAUACAUCGGAUGGUGGACACUUUAGGAGCAUCUGUAUUUCCUUAUCUUCCAAAGGCAUUGGAGCAGCUGCUUGCAGAAUGUGAGCUGAAGGAAAUGGUUGGUUUUCUUUUACUACUCAAUCAACUUAUUUGCAAAUUCAACACCUCGGUUCGUGACAUAAUGGAGGAAGUUUUUCCAGCCAUUGCUGGCAGGGUAUUUAACGUUAUCCCAAAGGAUGCAUUUCCUUCAGGACCUGGAACCAAUUCUGAGGAAAUCCGUGAAUUACAAGAACUUCAGAAGACAUUUUACACAUUUCUGCAUGUGAUAACGACGCACGGUCUAUCCUCAAUCUUCCUUUCACCCAAAAGUAGGGUCUACUUGGAUUCUUUGAUGCAGUUGCUGCUGUACGCAGCGUGUAGUCACAAGGAUAUCCUUGUAAGAAAGGCAUGUGUGCAGAUAUUCAUUAGAUUAAUUAAAGAUUGGUAUGACAAACCUCGUGGGGAAGAAAAGGUGUCAGGUUUUCAAAGUUUCAUAAUUGAGGCCUUUGCAACCAAUUGUUGUCUGUAUAGUGUGCUUGACAAAUCCUUUGAUUUCCAAGAUGCAAAUACUCUUGUUUUGUUUGGAGAAAUUGUACAGGCACAGAAGGUCAUGUAUGAGAAGUUUGGUGAUGAAUUUCUCCUUCAUUUUGUGUCAAAAGGCUUUCCAUCCGCACAUUGCCCUCAAGAUUUGGCACAGCAAUACUGCCAAAAGUUGCAGGGUAGUGAUUUCAAAGCAUUGAAAUCAUUCUACCAGUCACUCAUGGAAAAUCUAAGGCUUCAACAGAAUGGAAGCCUUGUUUUCAGAUAGCAGCAUCAAGAUUAAAGAAUCUUGGACGAGCAAAGGGGUGUAAACACUUAACGAGCUUCUUGUCAUGUCAAUGUUGCAGGAUUUGUCCAUGUAAAUACCAUGUUUAUCUUUUAUUUGUGGACAAUGAGUUGUAUAUUUCCGGCAACAGGAUUCUUUACUACAAAAAGUUGUUUUUUUGACAGCCACUGCUCUCUCUCUCUCUUUUUAAUUUAUUUUUUUUUAAAUAAAUUAUUUUUCUUAUUUUUGGUGGGAUUUAUGUAAUCAAAUAUUGAAUGCAGUUGUCAAGACACUUACAAGAAAAUGGCUAUGGUUUUUGUUGGCCAUAUUUUGAGUUGAAAAACAAGAGAGAAGAAAGUAAAAUACAAGUUUUGUCAUCAA